AUGAAGCACAAUAACCGACUUCCAAACGUCCAUUUUCACAAGGAUUGGCAGAUACGUGUUAAGACUUGGUUCGAUCAGCCUGGGCGCAAGAAGAGAAGAAGACUCAAUCGCAUCGAUAAGGCUGCUCGAAUUGCUCCACGUCCUAUUGAACUUUUAAGGCCGGCAGUAAGAUGUCCUACGCGUAGAUAUAAUACCAAAUUAAGAGCUGGUCGUGGAUUCACGCUCGAUGAACUCAAGGAAGCUGGAAUUCGUCGUAAGGAGGCACUCACCAUUGGUAUUCCUGUUGAUCAUCGACGUAAAAAUCGAUCGGUUGAAUCUCUUCAACUUAAUGUUCAACGUUUGAAGACAUAUAAGAGCAAACUCAUUAUUUUCCCAAGAAAUGCCAAAAAACCAAAGAAAGCCGAUUCCGCUCCGGAUCAAAUUGCCACUGCGACCCAACUGAAAGGGACUGUCAUGCCAGUCCAACAAUUGUGGAAGAGAGAAAAGGCUCGUGCCAUUACUGAUGAAGAAAAGAAAGGUAGCGCAUAUGCUACCUUGCGUAAAGCUCGCUCUGAUGCUCGCCUUGUUGGAGUACGUGAAGCGCGUCGUAAGGCAAAGGAAGAGGAAGAAGCUACCAAGAAGAAAUAA